AUGCGGAUUGUGACGCUCGUCGCAAUUGCCUUGCUCGCCGCCGGAGCUGCCCGUGGCGAUGGCGAUCCAGCCUCCUGCUCGGUCGAUUACAGCUACGUCGGCGCCUUCUCCUCGACUCUGGAUCACUGCCGCCGAUCGCCUCCGGGUAAGAACAGCAGCGAUUGCUGCUCCGCGCUGCUCACUACCUUUGGGAUCGGCCUGGCCGACUACCUCCGGCGAUCGGGAGGGUUUGAGUUCGCGGAUCUCCCCACGGCCAAUGCGUGCCUGAAAUCCUUCCAGGCGGAGCUCGAUUCUCACGGCACAGGCACGGAUUUCGUCCGGGAUUGCCCCUUCGAGCCGCCGAUGUUCGUCCAGUCGCCAAUCUGCGCGGGAGUUAUGAAUAUUUCGGACUGGAAGAGGGUCGUGGCUCCAGAUCUGGAUCGCGCGCUGGAGCGCUCGUGUGGCGGCGAUCUUAGCAGCGCCUUGCGGUGCCAGUCGUGCACGGACGAUGUCACCAGGGUUGUUCUUGAGCUCCAGGGCCUCUCCAACAGCACCAGCGUCGGCCAACAGUGUGUUUACGUCUCGUGCCUCUAUGCCGCCGGGGUGGUCAACAAGCUUGGGCCCAAGGAGCCCUCUACAGCAGUGUGUGUCCUUGGCUUGACUCCACCAUCGGCAGGAGCUCCGGGAGGCUCGAGAGGGACCGACGCGAAGCUCUACAUUGGCAUCGGCGUUGGAGGCUCUGCGAUCGCUCUAGCCGGAGCACUGAUCGCGUGUAUUUUCCUCUUCCACCGGAGACGGAAGAAGCGGGAGCUUGUCCAGUCGUCGCUGGUGGGACUGUCGAGGAUGCCCAACCUGGGGCUCAUCAAGUUCAGCUUCGAGGAGAUCAAAGCUGGCACGCAGAACUUCAGCUCCAAAAACUUCAUCGGCGAGGGUGGCUAUGGCCGGGUCUAUCGAGGAGUUCUCGCAAAGCGUGGGAACUCGGAGGUGGCGGUGAAAGUCAUGAAGGCGAGCUCCAAGGAGAACAAUGCCGAGUUUCUCAACGAGGUGGAGGUGAUCAACCGGGUGAGACACAGGAAUCUCCUCUACGUCCGAGGAGCUUGCGUCCAUGCAAACGGGCCCGACUCGCAGCACAUCCUCGUCUACGACUACAUGCCAAACGGCUGCCUGCAAACUUAUCUCUCGUCCGGAACCUUGUCAUGGCAGCAGCGCAGGAAGAUCGCCAUCGGCAUAGCAGUCGGGAUAAACUACCUCCACAACGAGGUGGAGCCGUCUAUCAUCCACAGGGACAUCAAGCCGAGCAACAUCCUUCUCGACGAGGAUCUCAACGCUCGAGUGGCAGACUUUGGGCUCGCGAAGAUCAGCCCCGAGGGGAUGAGCCACCUUACAACCAGAGUGGCUGGAACUCCGAUCUACAUGGCGGUCGAGUACGCUCUCUACGGCCAGUGCAGCGACAAAGUCGACGUCUACAGCUUUGGGGUCCUACUCUUGGAGCUCAUGAGUGGGAGGAGAGCUCUCGACACGAGCCAAGAGAACCCGGUGCACUACCACAUCGUGGACUGGGCGUGGAGCUUGGUCAAGGCCGGAAGAUUGCCGGAGAUCAUCGAUGAGAAGAUCCGGGAGAGUGAUCCGGCAGCCAUUGUUCUCCAGCAGCGGUUCGUGCUGGUUGGCAUACUCUGCGCACACUUGCUGGUGGCGGUCAGGCCUCCGAUCUCUCAGGCUCUCAAGCUGCUCGAGGACAACGAUACGAUCCCCCCGAUUCCAGAUCGACCACCGCCUUACAUCUUCGCAGGCCACACUCUGGUCGAUGGAGAAGAAGUUAACUUAUUUUCCAGUUCUUCUCAGACUUCGGCUCCUUGAACACUAUUUUGGAGCAACUCUUUCUCUCGCUUACGCCAUAGAAGCUGUACAGGCUGUGAGAGACUGGAACCUCUCUCUCUCACAAAAUCUCCACCAGCAACGGGUCCCCGAUCGACAAAGCUCUUAUUCUUCUCACGAUCUCCGAGACGUUUCUAGCGCUCCAGGGACGAACCAAGUGCUUGCUCUUCCGGUAAAACACGGCGGGAUCGCGCCUCACGCUCGUCUCGGCCACGUACUUGAACGCUUCGGAGUCGUAGCUCGCUGGCUUCUCCAUGGCCAAGAAGAAGAGCGGUAUCGCCAGCUCCGGACGGAGCUCCAGUUUCACCCCGAUUGGAACUAGGGCCUUGAAGUCGCUCACGUAGCGGUGGGGGAUGUAGAAGGAAUCGGAGCUCGAGACAAC